AGUACUUUUUAAAGGACACAUUGCGCAUACUUUUCAGAUUUUUAGGGGAUUAAUUUCUCCUCUCCAUUCUUCCAUGCCCCUGAAAUGAUAGAUAGAUCCUGUCCUUCCGCCCCUCUGAUUACUGUUUUGAUGGCCCAAGAACAACAUUAAUUUAAAAAGCACCAAAACUUGUCAAACUUCAAAAACAUCAUGCUUUUGACCUUCUCCUAAUCUGCCUACCAUAUAUUACCCUUCUGGAUUCGGAUUUCUUUGUUAAUUUGACUACCAUAAGAGGAGGGUUUGAUUGAUUGAAAUUCGAUCUCCGGCGAUUAGUUGGUUUCUGGGUUUAAUUUUGGAUGUGCAAAUAACAUGGUGUAAUUAAGGUUCAUGGUCGUGCUGCGGUGCUGAUAGUUUGUUAUUCUUGGUGUUUAUGUUUUGAUUGAUGGAGGAUUAUGUGUAUCUGGGUGCAAGUAGUUUUUUUGAUCAUCAAGAAUUUUUGUAGUUUUUAGGGUGUUUAAAUUUGUGGGAGGCCAAUGGAUGAGGAGUCUAAUUCUUGGAUUAGAAGGGCAAAGUUCUCGCACACCGUUUGCCAUCGACUUGACUCGUCUAGAUUGGCCUCCGUUCCAUUAAAGUAUCGGACGGGUGAAAUUCCAAAAUUUAAGCCUAGGCAGCCUGAAGUGGCUGAUGUUCGUAAGGUUGGAGAGCCUUAUCAGCCUCAAAUUCAAAAAAAUCCAGCUGGGAUACGUAAGGUUGGGGAGCCUUAUCAGCCUCAAAUUCAAAAAAAUCCAUUGACGAACAAGCAAAGAUCUGUAUCUCCUCUCCCGGAAACAUUCUUUCCAGAUACCUUUAAGCAAGCUCGGUUGGAGAAAAAAAGAUCUUCGACGCCUCUCCCUAGAAGGAAAGAGCCUGAUAAGAAAACAGAUGACUUUUCUUUUCAUUCUGAUUCUUCAGACACCAGGAAACCAAAUACAAGUCCAUUAAGAAAUUUCUCCCCAUUGAGAAGUUUUGGAAAAUCGAAGCCCAAAAAGGAUUCUGGUUGGGCGAAGUACUUUGAUCAUGGAGGAGUAAAGGUUACCUCUGUAGAAGCCGCUGACGAUUACAUGGUCGAUCUUUCGCAGUUGUUUCUUGGGGUUAGAUUUGCUUACGGGGCUAACAGUCGGCUUUACCAUGGAAUAUACAAGGACGAAGCUGUUGCUGUGAAAAUUAUUCGAGUACCAGAUGAUGACGAAAAUGGAAACUUGACAGCUCGAUUGGAGAAACAAUUUAAUCGAGAAGUUUCUCUUCUAUCGCGCCUCCACCAUACUAAUGUAAUCAAGUUUGUGGCAGCAUGCAGACAACCACCCGUCUUUUGCAUCGUAACUGAGUACUUGUCAGAGGGUUCUUUGAGGGCGUAUUUACACAAGCUUGAACAUGAAAUACUCCCUUUACAGAAAUUAAUCCCAAUAGCACUUGAUAUUGCUCGUGGAAUGGAAUAUGUGCACUCACAAGGUGUCAUUCAUCGAGAUCUUAAACCUGAAAAUAUUCUGAUUGAUCACGAUUUUCACAUGAAACUCGCUGAUUUUGGGAUUGCCUGUGAGGAAGUACACUGUGAUCCUUUUGCUGAUGACCCUGGAACAUACCGCUGGAUGGCUCCUGAGAUGAUUAGGCAUAAACCUUAUGGAAGGAAAGUUGAUGUAUACAGCUUUGGACUCAUAUUGUGGGAGAUGGUAUCUGGAAACAUUCCUUAUGAGGACAUGACUCCAAUCCAGGCCGCUUAUGCUGUUGUUAAUAAGAAUUUGCGGCCUUCUUUCCCAAAGAGCUGUCCUCCUGCCAUGAAAGCUUUGAUUGAACAAUGUUGGUCUUUGCAGCCAGAGAAGAGGCCUGAUUUUUGGCAGGUUGUGAAAGUUCUUGAACAGUUUGAAUCUUCACUUGCCCAUGAUGGGACCUUGAAGCUGGUACAGUAUUCUAUAUUCCAGGACCAAAAAAAGGGAUUUCUUCAUUGGAUUCAAAAGCUUGGUCCCCCUCAUUCUCAAUCCAAGUCUAUGCCUAAGCCCAAGUUCAAUUGACUCUCCUUGCAAUAAUGCUUUCAUAGUUGAAUUAGAUUACAUUGUAAUUAAUAGGCUUGUUUUUGGUGUCUGUUAUGGUUGUAUUACUAUUUAAGGUCUAUUCGAGUGGAGUCUUAGAAUAUUGGGCAUGCUCUGAGUUUGAGUGCUUCUUUUACACAUCUACAUGCGCAGCAGUAUACAUUCUGAUGUUGGAAAAGAAAUUGUUGGUUUUGUUUGCAAUACUGCUAACCUUUCUGGGGCCUAAAUUUUGAUGGAUUUAAUAUAGCAUUUUAUUUUCUUCUGAA